AGGAGCUGCACUUUGCCGACGAGCAUCUCUGCCGUCCUGCCUCACUACAUUAACCACUGCGCCCCCUCCUCCUCCUCCUCCUCCUCGGAAUCUGCGAACAAUACGCACGGACUUCUCCGGAACGGGCAGAGUUCAUCAAUGUAACUCCGGUCGGUCCGACAACUGCGCCGUUUACCUGGAUAAGUCCAUCCCGACGAGAACACACAGAGACAGACAUCGAGAGGGGGAGAGAGAGAGAGAGAGAGAGAGAGAGAGAAGAAGAAGAAGACUGAGACCACCCGAGUGGAGUGUCGACGUGACGUUGUGCAGGAAAAAGAGAAGAAUAUGAUUGUCAAGCAGCACUUUGUCCUCAUCCUUUACAGCCUGUGCGCGAGCGUCUUGAAAGUGGCUGGCACAAAAAGCAAAGCGAAAGGUGGCCAAGGUCAGUUCCCCAUAACUCAGAAUGUGACGGUGGUGGAGGGGGGCACAGCCAACAUGACCUGUCGUGUGGAUUACAAUGAUAACACUUCCCUCCAGUGGUCAAACCCUGCACAACAGACCUUGUUCUUCGGGGACAAGAAAGCCCUGAGAGACCACAGAAUUGAGCUGGUGCGAGCCUCAUGGCAGGAGCUCACCAUCAGAAUCGGUGACGUCAGCCUGUCAGACGAGGGCCAGUACACCUGCUCGCUCUUCACCAUGCCUGUCAAGACCACCAAGGCCUUUCUCACUGUUCUGGGAGCACCAGGACGGCCGGAGAUCACAGGAUUCACCAAGCCCGCCAUGGAGGGGGAUGUGAUCACCUUGACAUGCACCACAAUGGGCAGCAAACCAGCUGCCAACAUCCGGUGGUUCCGUAAUGACAAGGAGGUCCAAGGCACUAAGGAGUUGAAUGCCACAGGUAAAUCAUUCGCAGUGAGGAGCAGCCUCCAGUUCCAGGUGGACAGACGGGACGACGGCGUCGCCUACACCUGUAGCGUGGAGCACGUGUCUCUGCCCAACCCCUACAUGACUACUGAGGUUCUGGAGGUCCACUAUGCUCCCCAUCUGGAGAUCGCACAUUCAAUGAUUAUUCCACAAGAAGGGCAAUACUUCAAAUUGGAGUGUCGUUCCAUAGGCAACCCGAUACCUGAUUUGGUGCUGUGGUCUAAAGAUGGAGGCGAGCUGCCCGACAUUGAGCGUAUGAUUGUGGAGGGCAGGGAACUAACCAUCACUACACUGAACAAAACAGACAAUGGCACAUACCGCUGCGAGGCGAGCAACCACCUGGGGACCAGCAGCGCUGAAUAUAUACUGUUUGUAUACGCCAAAGACUUUCCAGGGCCUACAACAGAUCCUAAUGCUUUGGGACAACAUGGACCUGACCACGCUCUAAUCGGCGGCGUUGUUGCGGUCGUGGUCUUCAUCACCCUGUGUUUGAUAAUAGUUCUUGGACGAUAUCUGGCCAGACAUAAAGGGACGUACCUAACGCAUGAGGCCAAAGGAGCAGAGGACGCCCCCGACGCGGACACAGCCAUCAUCAAUGCCGAGGGAAACCACGUGCAUGCAGAGGAAAAGAAGGAGUACUUCAUUUAGACUCCUGUUACUCUUUUCCUUUGUUUCGUGACAACCUAUGACAGCAGACGGGCAAUUUUUAGCUGCCUCAGCAUCACUGUCUGUUUUACUUUACUUAAUAUUCUUUUUUCCGCUCCAGAAAGCUCAUGCUUCGAUACACUUAUUUUCGAAGCAUUCGCUGAAAAUAUAGCCUUCUCUUUUUGUAAUCGAUGUUCCCCUAAUGUGCAGUUCGAUGUGUCCAUUUCAGUAUUUACGGUGCCUAAACGCUGUAUAUUUUUCUUUCAACGCUCGCAUUAUCUCUAUUCUCUCUUACUUCAAUUGCUACACAACUUUUUGCAGAUUUUACUUUUUUUUUACAUUCAGAAGAAACAAGAAAUGUGCUUCAAUUCGACCCUAGAGUCAAAUUUUAGCCCUUCGAACUGGUUUGCUUAAAGAACAGAUUAUGUUAUUUACAUUGAUUUAUCGAACCUUAACAUCAGAAGAAUCUUUUUUUGGAUCGGAUGGUCUCGGGUGUUGUCUGGAGUUUACCCCCAAGACAGUCGUACUGCCCAUUUUUAACAAUAUCAUAAAAGAAGACCAGGCACUUUGACAAAACAAAAUGUAGAAGCACAAUCUAUGCGAUUGUCUCCAGAUGAAUUCGAGCCCCUCUUGUCGCUGUCUGUGUACUCCUGCAUUGAUUUAUUUUCAGUUUUUACUCAUGCUGUUGAUAUGAACAAACUGAGAACAAGUCAGCAAAUUAAAGCACAAAGUCUGAGGACUAACACAGAGGGAAAAACACAUCAACUGUCUCAGGAUUCAAUAUGAGUCUAGAUGGAGAGAUGGUGUCAGACACACGAUGACGAUUUCAGUACACUGAAUGAUUUCCGUUAUAGUCAUGGAUGAGGAACUUUCAUUUUUGUUUUGGCGAUUUGAUGUAAGAUCCAAACUGAAUGAAUGGAACCUUGUGUGGGUUCAUUAUUUAUGUUGAAUUUUAUUGAACAACUAUGCUCAAUGUGUGGAUAUUGCUGUAAAAUACUUUGCCAACGUGAAUAUUGGUGAACAAUAUUGUUGAAUCUUGGGAUCCCUGAUACAUUACAGUUUGUAUAUUAGCAUAUACAGUAGCUAAAGUCUUUUUUCCAUCAAUCUAACAAGAGGUUGCUUUGCCAUAAGGUAUGUAAAUAAUGUGUAAGUAUUCAAUUUAAGUAAAAUGAGAAAACACUGGUUAUAGCUUUUAAUUUCAGGUCAUAUGAGUUCAUGUCACUUUGAUGAGAUUGUUUUCACACUUUUGAAGAUUUCUUCAAACAGGGAUUCUCUUUGCUUAAUUGCUUAAAAUGUAAAAAAAAAAUGGUCAGAAUAUAUGUAUUUAUUAUUAUGAUUGAUUGACAUUCAUUACACAAUGCUAUAUUGAUUGAUAUUAUUGCUGUUAUUACUAAAGUAGUUGUCUGACAUUAACUUUUCCAUUUUCUAAUUCUCAAACCUAUCAUAAAAAACAAUACAAGGAUCACCGUUAUGGCCUUUGAGUUUGCUGCAAACAGUACUAAUGACAUGUUGAGGCAUUGGUGAAUCAGACAUCCCCUCACUGUAUAUAGUCACUGUAUCAAAGACAUUGAACCUCAUUGCCAAUGCUCAUACAUGUUAUUUUGUUAGUUCAAUAUGAUGCUAUAAAUAACUCAUUUUGUACAAAGUUUUAAUCGCUGUAAUUAAUUUGCUUUUUAUGGGGGAUGUGUGAGGUUUUGCUUUUUUCUCAGUAUUGACUAUUCACUUUUCAACUAUGCCACUGUAAAAACAAAAUAAAAAGAACAGAAAAAAAGAGAGACAAAGUGCGAAUUAAAACAUGAACAAA